AAUGUACGGAUUCUUUUCAAUUUAUUUUUUAUUUAUAUUUAUAUUUAAUUUAUAUUCAAAUCUGAAAUUAUCUCCAAUUCUUGCAAAUGUAAAACUUUCUAUUUUAUAUUUUCAAUUUAUUUUUUCAUACAAACAAUCAUCUCUUUCCCAAUUAUAUAUACUACAAAUUGCUCUAGAUUUUAAUAAAUAAUAAUCGAAAGAUUAGCAAAUCACAUGUUUCUAAAGGAAUACUUUUCGUAGAUAUUUCGUUUAAAGAAGUUUUCGUGUUUUCUUUUUUUUUUUUUUUUCUUAAUUCAGUGUGUCCGUCAAUAAUCUCGUUCUAUCGUAGUUUUUACACGUUGUCGUCGACUGGUUUAUUUUAGUUUCAACCACCACAGAAUCUCGCCAUGAAUAAGCAGGACGUCGAUAUCAAAGGAACUUCCUUGACGAGCGAUAUCUCGGCUUUGCAACCAUCUCUAACGUGGUCCACUCGUAUUCUCGAUUAUCUUAGUCACGGAGUAACCAUAGUCAGUUGCUAUCAAAAUGUAAAUUCAAGUUUUUCGAACUUCUUCCUUUCUUGGUGCUUCUGGUGAAGUGUUAAUAAACGCGUUCCAUUAUUUUUAUGCAGCUAUCGGACACAAAGAAUCGAAUACUGAUGCAAAUCAUGAUGCGUAAGGCCGUUCUUCUUCCGAAGUAACAAUUUUCAAAAAGUGUAAUGUGUCAUUAAGAAGCAUAAAGUUUCUUUAAAAAUAAAAAAAAUAUGUAUUUUCGCACUCUAAACGAGAGUAUGUAAUAUAUUCGGCGUGUCUCGUUAUCCCUUCCAAUUUGGUAGCUUGUUAAAAGUAGCUAUUAUUCUCUGGAUUCGUGACGACAUUCUCGAGUAGCUUGUCAUUGUCGAGUAGCUAUUUUUAUAUUUUUAUAUUUUUGCAUAUUUACAAUACGCGCGAUAUAUUUCGAAUUGUAAGACGAGAUGAAUCGAACAUAUCGGCGAUGACUUAUAGUGACAGUAGUAGUCGUGAUCCACGUCCAACAAAGUACGAUAAAUCCAAGCAUAUAAUUGAAAUCAAUUAAUUCGAAACACUAAUAAAACGCAUCGCGGAAGUGUACUCUCUCCCUCUCCGCCGAAAAGUCGAUAAAUUCUCUCUCCCUCUUCUCUCUUUGCGCCGCGGCGUGAGAUAUUCUUUGUUCGAUAAAUCAACGUCGAUUUCAUCCCUACGCGAGCAUCAAUUACAAGAUUCUUCUUGAGACAUUAAUUUAUUAUCGGGAAGAAACGUAAUCUCACGGGCGAUUGAUACACUCGUCGCUAACACGAAUAACACAAAAACAAUCGCUGACUCUUCACUAAUAAAGAAAAAAAGGAGGAGAAAAAGUGCGCGUUCAAGCAGCUUUUGGCAGCAAUACGAAGAUGACGGAUGAACUACUUUUCUCCGCUCUGGGAUUGACGAUGGACACCAGCGUCGAAAGACAGCUAUUCUCGCCGAUCAAGACAAAUAUAUCUAGCGAUUCCGAAAUAUCGUGUACUCUUCUUAGUAACGAUUUUGAUACACAUGAUAGUGACCAGUUAAACGCUACAAAUCCAAAAGAUUGUUAUACUGACUUAACUUGUUCUUUGCAAUCAUCUUGGAAUGACUGGUCAAUUACCAAUACACCUACAUCAUCAGGUUGUUUAAGCGAAUUGAGCGAGUUGGACUCUGAGCUAGACUGGUGUCUAGAAAAAAGCUGGGAUUUUGGUCUUCCAGAAAGAACACCAUUGUGUACUGCAGGAUGCGAAGGCUUUCUGCAUUUACCGCCUUUAUCAAAUUCACAACAGAUGCCAAAAUAUGAAGAACCAUUGUUAAUGCUCGGAAUUGAUUUACGAGCAUUGGAGAACGAAUUUGGAAUAAAUACGAUAGAUUAUAAUAAUAAUCAGUUAGACGAAGAUCCUCUAAUUCCAUCAGCAGCUACUGCUGCAUUAGCGACGCAUGAUUAUACUAAUCGUAGUUUAACAAAUGCAGCCGAAGAUAGAUGCUUUCCAUGUACCUAUCAAGGCUGUGUAAAAGUUUAUGCCAAAGCUUCUCACUUGAAAGCUCAUUUACGACGGCACACUGGCGAGAAACCAUUCGCAUGCACCUGGACCGGUUGCGGAUGGCGUUUUAGUCGAUCGGACGAACUGGCGAGGCAUCGACGAUCGCAUUCUGGCGUUAAACCGUAUCCGUGCGAAAUGUGCUCCAAGAGGUUCGCGCGCAGCGAUCAUUUGGCCAAACAUCGUAAAGUGCACCGAAAAAACGCCUAUCCCUUGUUCCAUGGUGCUAGGGGAUUACGCGGCGACAAGAUAAACGUUUUACCGACGGAUUAAUCUAAGAUUUCGCGUUUCCUAGAUUUUUUACUAAUCAAUAAAGCUAGCUAAAGCUUAUUGUCGACGAGAUAUGUUUUAUGCUAUAACAUAUAGCUUCUAUACAUGUAAAUCAACAAGUACUUAAAAUAUUUCUAUAAAAAUAGUUAAUGUAGAAAUAACUUGCCAAAUAAAUGAUUUUUAAUAUUUUCGGCGGCUAUAAUAUUACUUAGAUUUUCAAUAUAUUUUUUACAAUCUUAAAAAAAUAAAAAAUAUUUAGUUUAUUUAGAAUCUUUCUGAUGAAAGCAUAAAAUAAAAUAAAAAGUUAUAAUUAAAUUCAAAGAGAAAUUAAUAUUAUUCAAUUCAAUUUAAUAUUAAUCCAAUCAGUCCUAGCGACAGUUAAAUUUAUUAGAUAAGAAACUUUUAUCGACGAUGUAUAUAAAAAAAUAAUAAAUUCUAUGAAAAUGCA